CAGAUAUUGUUUAACUUGAUGGAAUACAAACAUUGCAUGGUAACAUAUUGCUCAACAGUGUUUAUGGAGUUAUUCUUGGGACGAUUGGUUCUAAACCGGUAAUGCACCAAAUGCAUAUACCUGGAGACAUUAGGAACAAAUAUUGUAUUUACUUAUAAUGUGUUAUUGUUGAAAUGAUAAGCAAGAACCCAUGUAAUUAUCAAGUGUUCUUGUAGCUUCGAGUGUAUUUGAUGAUUCUGUUGGUUCAAUGAUCAGUAGACCCUUUUAGCAAUAUCAUCUGGUUUGUACAAGAAUGUUAUAAAUUUUGUGAAUAUUUAGGCAUUCCAAUUUACAUAUUUUUGGUUGAUUAUCGUGGGUUGUGCUGGAUUUGGAUUUCUGCUUUGAGAGAUUUAUAAUACUGUGUUUCUUUUGUCUUGGUUGCGAUUUUUCGGGUUUUUGUUAUGGUGGGUGUAUGAGUUUGUUUAUGGGCAGAUAUGUUCCUGUUUGUCUUGUUUUUGGUGUGAAUUUGAUAUUUGAACUUCCUUUAUGUCAUCUUUGAGCUGUGUUAGAUGAGACAACUGCUUGCAAUUCAUUUACAUAUUACCUAUUCAUGUGCUUCUACUUGAAAACUCUGGAUCUGUAACUUUUAUGGUCAUCUCCACAUUGGAGACAGAAAAAUUGCUCCCUCUCUCUCAGUAUUACUCAAUUUCACUUUCAAUUAUAUCAUAUAUUUCUAAUUUAAACUAAAAUCUACUUAAGCAGUGCCAGAGGAAAGAACCUCUUCUUCUCUACUGAUGUGGAGAAACAUGUUGCAGAGGCUGAUAUGUUCUCUGUUUCGGUUAACGUCCCUACCAAAACCCAGGGCCUCGGAGCUUAGAUUCUGAAGGUCGUAUGUUUUGCUUGAAUUGGUGCAAUUAGAUGAAAUAAUUUGAUUAUUAAUUAGGAUAUGAACUGUAGAAUUGUAAAAUGUGAUAAAAAUAAAUUAGGUAAAAAAAUAAUAAAAAUAUUAAAUUAAUAAUAUUUUAUUAUUAUUUUGGCUAAUAGAUGGAUAAUCCAAUAUGGGAAUUAGUUUUGAGUGGAAUAGCCAAAUGCAAACUCAUGUCAUAUUAUGCAAAUUUUACAUUUGCAUUUGCAUAAUUCAAUGCUAAUGCUUAGAACCCUAGAUCCUCUUUCAAGCUCCAAGCUUUGCCGAAAAUCAAAGUUAAUCAAACAGAAAAAAGAAAGAGCAUGACGAUCGGUUACAAAUCCCCCCAUUUCUAACUCUUCUCCUCGGCAGUAACAUUCAGCAAAAAAGGACACUCUAAUUCCAGCCAAACUCGCCCAGCCGGCAACAGCUCCUCCGCAGCUCGCCACGCACCCAACGGUCCAGCCACCGUCCACCACUCCACUGUCUGCUGCAUAUUGCAAGAUCGCAGUCUGUGAGAACAGGAUUUAUGUAACCUAGAAUGAUAUAUUCUUGCUGACAAAAUUGAGCUCAAGGAAAUAGGUUUGCAAUUGAACGAGUAGAUAGAAAUGGAUAACGGCAUUGCUGAAAACUCAUCUCCAACUCGAUCCAAAUGGAGAAAAGUAGCAUAUGGAGGGAUGCAGCCUGGUUUUGAUGACAAUCACACUGAUGAAUCUUUUCUUGAAGAUAUAGUCAUGAAUGCCAAUGUUGUGAAACGGGACAUGCUAAAAGUGAUGCAAGACUCGGUUUCCAUCUCUGAAUAUCUAUGCAUUGUUGCCCUUGUGGGCUUGGUUUGGACCUACACUCUAAGAUCAACUCUUGAUGAAACUUCCCUUUUGUAUCUUGAUGUCAGUCUUCUUGGAUCAGGUUUUCUACUUCUCCUUUUAACCGAAGAAAUGCUUUCACUCAAUCUUCUCUUGCAUUAUUUACUUAACGUUUUCUUUUUCACAACUGGAUUAUACGUUUUGGCUCCCAUCUACCAAACUCUAACAAGAUCCAUUAGCUCAGAUUCCAUCUGGGCAGUAACUGUUCCACUCCUCAUACUUCAUCUAUUCCUUCACGACUACUCAGGAUCAACUGUUAGGGCUCCUGGGGCUCUGAAUAAUCCAACAUUGACCAGUUGCAUUUCUUUAAAUGCCUCGAUAGUGGCCUCGGUUUUCAUUGCUUCUCGCCUUCCGUCAAGUAUACAUGUUUUUGCAAUCAUGCUAUUCUCCUUACAAGUAUUUCUUUUUGCUCCACUGAUCACUUACUGUAUCAAAAAGUACUCCUUCCGCUUGCAUCUUUGCUUUGCUUUCAGUUUGAUGGCCGUGACCUUGGCUUUUGUUUAUACACUCCACCGGCUACUUUUUGUGCUACUGUUGGGUUUAUUGGUUUUUGUGACUCUGGUAUGUCCUUAUUGGCUUAUACGACUUCAAGAAUACAAGUUUGAGAUCAAUGGCCCUUGGGAUGAGGCUAAGCUUUGUUUUGCCGUGACAGAUUAAGAUCACCAGUGUCAACCUUUGUAUGUCUGAUGGGGACUUUUUGGAGGAUCUGUUUUAUUCUGAAGGAUGAAGUAAGCCCACUCAAAUUGGAUUAAAAAUCCUGAAAUUUCAAACAUAAAUCUAAAACUAAAAAGGGGGAUGGGUGGGCAGAAUAGAUAAAAUGCAUAUCUGC